CCAGUAUUGCGAAGAAGAGACAAGAGCUGGGAGGAAGCUGGGACCAGGGAGGAAGCAGAGAACCAAACUGGGGAAGAAAAUAGAUGAACCUGUGACUAAGGGUGAUCAGGAAGAAACCAAGCUUGUUGAAAAUAUCCAUCAUUGUGCUUGUGGGGAGAGCUUCAGAAGUAACUUAGAUCUCCAAAUGCAUGAGAGAACACACUCUGGGGAGAAACAGGAAAAGAAUUCAGAAUGUAGGAAAAGGUUCCAUGGUGCCAGUGAACUCCGGAGCCCUGAACGAACUCGCACUGGAGAAAAACCGUUUCAGUGUUCGAUGUGUCAGAAAAGUUUCGCUAGUGGCUCCAACCUUAUUGCUCAUGAGAGAAUUCACACCGGAGAGAAACCUUUCAAGUGUUUAAAAUGUGGGAAAAUUUUCCGCCAAAAGGGAACCCUUUCAACACAUGAAAAGAUUCACAUAGGAGAGAAGCCGUAUAAAUGUUCCCAGUGUGGGAAAAGUUUCCAUCAGAAGGGAAAUCUUACAACGCAUGAAAAGAUUCAUGUGGAAGAGAAACCAUUUCAAUGCUCUAUUUGUCAGAAAAGUUUUGCAAGUGGCUCCAACUUGAUAGCACAUGAAAGAAUUCACACAGGAGAGAAACCCUAUACGUGCUCGAAAUGUGGGAAAAAUUUCCGUCAGAAGGGGACCCUUUCCACACAUGAAAAAAUUCACAUUGGGGACAAACCGUACAAGUGUUCUCAGUGUGGGAAAGGUUUCCGUAGCUCUACUGAACUUACUGUCCAUGAAAGGAUCCAUACUGGCGAGAAACCAUACAAAUGCUCAGUGUGUCAAAAAAGCUUCAGUGAUGGCUCCAAUCUCAUUACGCACCAAAGGAUUCACACGGGAAAGAAACCAUAUAAGUGUGGAUUGUGUGGAAAAUGUUUCUGCCAGAGGUCAGGCCUAAUGACACACGAGCGCGUUCACACAGGACAGAAAAGGCGCUCGGCAGGUCAAAAGGGUUCCUCCGGUAGCUCCAGUGUUGUUGUGCCUCAGAAGACAAACCCUGGAGGGGACUCAAAUACAAGCACUGAUUGUGGGGAAGCUUCUGUCAGUGCUCAGAAUGCUGAGGACAUGAAAAGCGAUGUAUCAUAUAAACUCGAAAAGCGGCCCUUUGCAGAUGUAGGGCAGGGCUCGCUUGAGGUGGUUGCUGUCUGUCAGUUGAGAGAAUCUAAAAUGGAGGGAAGCCCACCCCACUUAUGUAGCGCCAUGCCAGGACCAGAGAUGAGCAACAAACAAGCUUCCAGCUCCUCCAGCGCCACCGCUUCUAAGACGGACCCAGCGCUCAGCUCCCAUGGGCAACUACCGGAGUUCGAUCCCAACCAAUCGGAGAGGUGGGAGAGAUGGGAGAAGACGCUCAACUUCUACCUCCUCUACCACGACAUCACAAACAAGCAGAAGCAGAAACAGCUUUUGCUCAGCCUCUGCAGAGAAGACACGCUGGCGCUUGCCGAGAACCUGAUGUCGCCAAUGUGGCUGACCAAUGACGCCGCUACAUACAAGGUCAUCACAGAGAGGCUCACCGAGCAUUUCUCACCCAGGCCUACGCUAAUGGCCCGGAGACUAGAAUACCACCAGAGGGUACAGAAAGCCAGCCUCCGCGACGAGAAGCUACAGGCCAAACUGAUGAGAAACAAGAAGCUUACACUGGCGGACACCCUGAAUGAGGUGGCCGCCUACGAGAAGUCGCAUAAGGAGUGGCGUACCACUGCAACGAACCAGGUCACCAGACACAUCGCAAGGGUGUGUCUGUUAAAGUUGCAGCGCCCUGGCAGAAAACAGCGACAGAAAGAUGGCCACCACCACAAGGUCGCAUUCGUGGAGGACAUCCAGGCACUCACCAAGGCGAGGAAAAAGGUAUGCCAGCUUCCCAAGCCCUCCCCGGGCAAGUACAAGGUGACUGUGCUCAUAACGGGCAGACCCCGCCAGAUGGAAGUUACUUUGGGUGUGGGCCAGACGGGGGGCAUCAGGGUCAAACGGCUGCAGUUUGGCGUCAGCGUGGCCCCGGAGACCUUCCAGAACUUAAUGGUCUCUCUUCUUAAAGGCAUUCCUGGGGUCCAGCCAUUCUUCGAUGAUGUGCUGAUCGCCACAGCCAUGGAGGAGGAAUUCACAUCCCACCUCCGAGCACAAGCCUCGGCGUUUCAGGCGGUAAAGGACAUUCUGACUUCCAACAACUUGCUGGUGCACUUUGACAAGCGGCUGCCAGUUGUCUUGGCCUGCGAUGCGUCACCAUACGGGGUGGGGGUGGUCUUAGCUCAUGUACUGCCGGACGGCCACAAGGUCCCGGUGGCAUACUGUUCCCGAACUUUGGAAAAGCCGGAGCACAACUAUGUGCAGAUUGACAAGGAGGCUCCCAAACAUUUUAAUUGUGAGAUGGAUAACUUGAGCGUGGAGGUGGAGGUGAACAUGUCUGUAGAGGAGGGGGCAGCAAUAGUCCCACGAAUGGUGAAGGAGGAAGAGAAUCCUGAUAGUUUCAAGCUGUGGUCAGAAGUGAAUGGAGCAAAAGCCACAGGGAUUUUACAUGGAGGGGAUAUUGGGGAAUUAGAGAACCCAACUUCUUUGAACAAUAUAAAAAAGGAACCGGAGGAUGGGAUGCAGCAGCAUUGGGAGGCCCAGUGGCAAGAGUUCUUGGGGACCUUACAGGCUCCUCACUCAGGAUGGGCGAACUCCCAGAUUUCUGAGGAGGCUGAACCAUGGGAAGAUGCUAAGGUCUUUUUGACCUCCUUUGAGCAAGUUGCGUCCAUAUGCCGAUGGCCUCGUGACCAGUGGGUGGCCCUCCUCCUACCGGCUCUCAGCGGAGAGGCUGAGCAAGCUUUCAGCAGUCUCAGUGCCCGAGAGAGGGGAGACUACGGGAAGGUCAAGGCGGCCAUCUUGCAAAGAGAGGCCAUUGUGAGAGAGCGGAAGCGCCAGCAGUUCAGGCAAGUCUGCUACCAGGAAGUGGAGGGCCCAAGAGCGGUCUACGGGAGACUCCAGCAGCUUUGCCGUCAGUGGCUGAAAGCGGAAAGACACACGAAAGACGAGAUCUUGGAGCUACUGAUCCUGGAACAAUUUCUGACUGUCCUUCCCCAGGAAAUGCAGAGCUGGGUCCGGGAACGUGGUCCUGAGACCUGCGUCCAAGCGGUAGCUCUGGCAGAGGAUUUCCUGUUGAGGCAGAAAGGUGAUGUGAGACCAAAAGAACAGGUGUCUGAAUCUUUGCAGAAGGCAACUGUGAAUUCUGCUGAAACAAACCAUGUUCCACCACCAGAUCUUUGGAACCUUGACAUUAAGCCCAAGCAGGAAUGGGAAGGCGAUGAGAAGUUACUAGGUGACGAGCAUGUACGUGUGAUCCAAGUGGAUACCCUCCCUCAGGGUCAUUCUGAGCAAAUGCCAACAGGCGACCCGUUGUUGAAGAGAGGCAACCCGUUCCAGUAUUGUGGGGAAGGAACAAGUCGGGAAGGAUCAGAGAGCAUGGAGAGACCAGAACCAGGGAAGAGUGUGGAUGAAGCCAUUGCGAAAGGUAUGUUGGAUCAAGAUGAAUUCAAGAUCUGCCAAAUCAUGCACCUCUGCGACUGUGGCAAAAGCUUCAGGAGGAUCUCGGACCUUAGAAUUCACGAGAGAACACACACUGACGAGAAGCCCUUCAAGUGUUCAGAGUGUGGGAAAAGCUUCCGCCAAAAGGGCAACCUUUCGACGCAUGAAAGGAUUCACACCGGCGAGAAACCCCAUCAGUGCUCCAUAUGCCAGAAGAGUUUUGCUAGCGGCUCCAACCUCAUUGCACACGUGAAAACCCACACGGACGAGAAACCAUAUGAAUGUGCAGAAUGUGGGAAGCGAUUCCGUCAGAAGAGAAACCUGACCACCCAUGAAAAGAUUCACACCGGCGAGAGGCCAUACCAGUGCUCAAUGUGUCAGAAAAGUUUUGCUAGUGUUUCCAGCCUUAUUUCACACGAGAGAAUUCACGCCGGAGAGAAACCUUUCAAGUGCGCAAAGUGCGGGAAAAGCUUCCGCCAGAAGGGAAACCUGAGAACGCAUGAACGCAUUCACACCGGAGAGAAACCACACCAGUGCUCUGUAUGUGAGAAAAGUUUUGCUAGCGGUUCCAACCUCAUCGCACACGAGAGAAUUCACGCCGGAGAUAAACCGUAUCAGUGCUCCGUGUGUCAGAAAAGAUUUGGUUCGGGCUCCAAUCUUAUAGCUCAUCAGAGAAUUCACACUGCAGGGAAAGUUUACAAAUGUUAA